GAUCUCUCAAUGAUCCUUUCAGAAUCACAAAACUCUACCUUCAAUUCGUGCACCAAGGAAAUGUGCGGUGGAUGGCGCCUGAAGUGCUUUCUUUACCUGAGAAAGGGGGGGGGUGAUGCCGACCAAAGCCGCCAAUGUUUACUCAUAUAGUUGUAUCAUGCUUCAGUUGUUUUGUGGACAUGUACUUUACGUCUGGCUGACGCAAGCGUACCACAUUAUUGAGGCAAGAGUCGCAGGAACAAAACCCUUCCGUCAAUUCACUGACGUCAAAUAUGUACACAAGGAGUAUUCCUUGAAAUGUAUAUCUGUCAAAUCCGGAGAUCGGCCUGUGGCCUCAGCGAUUGUAGAGUUAUUGAGAACAAAGUAAUAACAAAUAUGAACGAACUAGCCCAGGAUGUUGUGUACUCGAAACGGCAUCUGCGUGCUUCCCAAUUCACCACUGCCUUGAUUUCAUAUGUCACG